AUGUCUUCGAGCCAGCCCACCGCCGCCACCGCCGCCGCCUCCGAGACGCCGGCGGCCUCCUCCGCCGCCGCGCACUGCCGCCGCCCUCCACGGGCGACGCGGCGCCCCGGCGGAUGUCGCCGGCGCCGCCCCCCUCCUCUCGCAUCAAGAGCUUUCGACGGCCAUCCGCGACCUCGCCACCACCGUCCGGGGCAUCCGCUCUGCACCUCAUCCGGUACGCAGGGGAUGACCACGCCGCCCUGUCGCCACCUCUUGCCGCCUACCCGGCCGCGCCGACAGCCCUUCACCGGCCGGGGCGCGCCUCGCUCCACCCCCGGCCUCACCCGCCGCCGCCGUGGGCUUCCGGCAGCCGGUCCCCAGCCACGGGCCCCCGCCUCGCUGCCCCGUGGUGUGCCCAUCCGGCGGGUCCGGUUCCCGCCGUCGCCCUCCCGACUCCCGGCGUGGGUGACCGCGACGGAGCCCCCGCCCGUCUACUCGGCCGCACCGGCGCCGUCCCCCGUCUACACCACCGCCGGGGACCCUCCGCGCCCGUCCUUCCCGGACCCGCCGCCGCUCGCUUCGCCUCGGUCGGCCGCUGGUCGCGCGGAGUACCCCGCCCAGGGCGCCACCGGCCUCGCGCCCCCACGCUACGCCAAGCUGGAGUUCGCCACGUAUGAUGGCGUCGAGGACCCCCUCAACUGGCUCAACCAGUGCGAGCAGUUCUUCCGGGGAUAG